AUGAGGCUCUGGAAUAGCUUGUUUUAUCUGCUGAAAUGCUUUUUAAAUGCAUUGGGAGACGGAAGUGAAAACGUGACAGGUCUGGACCUGUCAGACUUCCCAGCGUUAGCAGACCGGAGUCGGAGGGAAGGAGGUGGGAACCCUACUCCUCUCCUCAACCCACUGGCUGGGAGGGCUCCUUAUGUUGGAAUGGUCACCAAACCCUCAAACGAACAGUCCCAAGACUUCUCCAUCCAUAACGAGGACUUCCCUGCACUGCCUGGUCCCAACUACAAGGACCCCACGUCGAACAACGACGACAGCAAAACGAAUCUAAACUCUUCAGGUAAGACUUCCAGCAGCACAGACGGGCCCAAGUUCCCCGGGGACAAGAGCUCAACAUCCCAGAACAACAACCAGUUGAAGAAAGGCAUACAGGUGUUACCGGACGGUCACGGUGGCAUGGUAACAGACCAGUUUGGGAUGAUUGGCUUGUUAACGUUCAUCAGGGCAGCGGAGACGGACCCUGGCAUGGUGCACCUGGCACUGGGCAGUGACCUGACAACACUGGGACUCAACCUCAACUCGCCAGAAAACCUGUACCCCAAGUUUGCAUCUCCCUGGGCGUCAGCACCGUGUCGACCCCAGGACAUUGACUUCCAUGUUCCAUCUGAGUAUUUAACCAACAUUCACAUAAGGGACAAGCUUGCUGCAAUCAAACUGUCUCGGUAUGGGGAGGACCUGCUGUUCUAUCUUUACUACAUGAACGGAGGAGACCUCCUCCAGCUGCUGGCAGCAGUAGAGCUCUUCAACCGGGACUGGCGGUACCACAAGGAGGAGCGUGUGUGGAUCACGCGGGCGCCGGGCAUGGAGCCCACUCUGAAGACCAACGCCUAUGAGAGAGGCACCUACUACUUCUUUGAUUGUCUUAACUGGAGGAAAGUAGCCAAGGAGUUUCAUCUGGAAUACGAGAAGUUAGAGGAGAGACCCCACGUGCCAUCCACCUUCAACUACAACCCAGCUCAGCAAGCCUUCUGAGAGACUUCCUUCCCCUCGUUCUCAGUCCACCAUGGGAUCCUAGACCUGGUUCGAGUUCUGGUCCCUGGCCCUGGUUCCUCACAGCAGACAAGACGGACAGACCUACAGACAGCGAAUGCCGGUGUGGCUGGCUCAGGCAUCCUGCUUUUUAUUCCUCGAUCCACCGUCUGGCAAAUUGACUUUAGGCCAAAUGGAGGGAAAUCCGGCGACCAUUUUGGCUCCGAGCAGGUCCUUCUUCCCCUGAACUGAAUGAUGUGCCGCCCAAUCAGACGCUGGUUUCACUUUUUUAAAAAUCUUUUUUUUUUUCUUUUCCCUGUUUUUUUCUGACCUUGUCCCUUUUUGUUUUGGUUGGUUGUCAUUUUGAAAACAUUCAGAACCUUUUUGUUUACGCCUCAUUCUUCAGACCUCCCCAUUGGUCACGAAGCACCAUGACAUCAUAAUACACACACACAGACCCUCUGACAGUGACAGAACAAGGUUGAUCUGUCAUUAUCCAACAGAAGUGUUCAAAGACAAUACCUCAACACAAUGUUACUGUAGCAGAGUGGAAGACCCACAGACCCAGACAGACAGACCCACAGACAGACAGACAGACGGACAAGAGGCCAGGAGAAAAUGCAAUGUUCAUAUUGUAGCUCUAUUUCGUAAUAAAAGAACACAAAAGAUGUUUGUGGAUUUGUUAAUAUGUGAAGACGAGACCCAUAAUAGUUCAGUUCGGACAUUAACUCACAAACACACAUUUAUUUUCCUUCUGUUUAUUCUGUCAUUCGCUCCCUUUCCAUCCACCAUUUCUCUGCCCCUUUUCUGCCCACAAGAAUUAUCCACCAAUCAGUGACAGACAACCUCCAGCUGUCCGUAUUAUCCACCAAUCAGUGACAGACAACCUCCAGCUGUCCGUAUUCACUGAGCCUCAUCCUCCUUCCAGGGACGAACAGGAGAACAAGAAAGAACUGUCUUUGUUACAAUUUUGUAAUAAAAGUACAAAAUGUUUUUCCAUUUUUUGGGAGGGGGGGCUUACAGGCAUCACAGAUGAAUAAAGAGAUGUGUUCGAUGUGUAUAUAUUAUAUAUAUGACAUCUAUUUUGGAGAAGAUUAAAAACAUAAAAACAGACUGUCGCCCGGCUGUACCUCGUUUUUAGGAGGUGAGCGCGGAGCGAGGCAAUACUGGAUGUACUGUACGACGUGGAUAAAACGGGACUGUUCUGGGGACCAUGCCUGUCAACAACAAUAACCUGGAUUAAAACUGUACUGGAGCCAGUGGAUAGAGGACCAUGCCUGUCAACAACAACAACAACCUGGAUUAAAACUGUACUGGGGCCAGUGGAUAAAGGACGACAAUAACUGGUCAGGACAGGGGACCAGGCCUCACGCCCUGAACACUUUCAAUUCAACAACCACAGCAAACAAUGAAGAACACCAAGCAUUACAAUCAAGGGUCAGAUACAUUCUCAGUGAGCCAAUAAGAACACCCGUACCCAUGUGAUGGUAGUUUUGGAGGGAUGCGAUUGGAGAAAGAUGAGGACUGAAGCACUUCACUUUGGCUGUUUUCAACAGCAGCUUUUCAUAGGAAAAGAAAAACCCCAAUAAAAAGGAAAUAUGAUGAAGAAACAGUUGUAUUUUCUGAUCACGUUCUGGAAAAAGCUGCUUCUCUUUAAUAAAGUAGCUUUCUCCUGUA